CACGUUGGCAACGAGCACAUCAAUGAAUGGUGGGAAAAUGGUGUACGAAUACGAACUCAUGCUGUCAUCACUAUCUUGCCUUCUCUCUCUCUUGUGUGCUGACUUGCUUCACCAUGCGAUUGCGUCACAAAAGUCAGCCUGAAGUUGGUGAGAUCGAAGUUGAUUUCUGUGGCAGCUGCGUAGGGCCCCCUUUCAGCAAAUCCCCACCAAAGACACUGGGAGCGCCCCCUAUUACACACCAAAGCCACUCAAUUCCUCUGGUGACCACACGGCAGAAGCGCCCCCUUCCAUCUCGCUCUGUUUUUUUUUUUUCCUACCGGAAACCAACGGACAAAAAAAACCCAGAGCACGUGGGCAAAGAGAACCUCUUUCCCUCUCUGUUCCCCCUUCACGGAGCAUCGCCCAAGAGAUAGCGCCCCCCAAAUUGCACGGCGGACAAAUCCAAUGAACGACAGAGUGGACCAGGGAAAGGGGCCAGGCUGUUUUGCUGGCUAAAAGGGGCGCUUCCAAGUGAAAUUCAGUGCUAAAUAGUCUUUUUUUUUCUUGUUAUUUAUUCAUCUGCCAACUGUCAAAAAAUGAGCCUUUAGAAGAGGCUCCUGUGGUUUUUUUUUCGUCUUCAAUUUUACCUUCAAUUGAAGAGAAAGUGUAUCAAAUUUGACGUGUAAAAACUUAAAUCAGUGACAUUUUCCAAAUUCUGUCAAAUUUUUUUUUGAAAAUUUUUGACAUUUUUUACGUUCAAAAUGUCAAAAGUACCAUAACCUCAAAAUAUUUUCAAUUUUGCGUAUUUUUUUUUAAUAGGGAAACAGAUUAAAUGUAAGAAAAAAAAUAAAAAGUGACCGUUGAUCGGGCAUAUUGGCUGUUUUGGUGAAUCUUUUUAAAAAAGAUAGUGAACACAAUUUAAUCUAGUGUAAAGUAGUAAAAAUAAAUAAAAUAGAAAAGCAAAUAAAAAAUUAAAUUGAAUUUUAAACAUUUAAAUAUGGCGCUGAAUCAGUGUAACUGUGAUUUUUGUGAGCGGUGUGAGUUUGCGUGGGAAGUACAGCCAGAUCCGGGUGACUGACCCCCCCCACACCAUCAUUACCAUCAUCAGAAACCAUCAUCAACAGCCAGAUAGCCCAGCCUCCGGGGGAGCCGGUACCGCUAAAAGCGCCUCUCCCUCUUUUUAAAAAAAAAACAAAAAACAAAAAAAUCUAUUUAUAUUCAAAAAAAAGAAACGGACAUUUUCAAAAAAAAAAAAUUUAGAGAAAAAAGAAACCAAGGCUGGGUCACAUGGAACUCCUUCAGCGCCUUCGAGGUCUCUGGCAUCGAGAUGACCUGCCACAGGAUGUCACAUCCUGUGACACUAAUUCAUGCCACAAUCGCACUACACCCAACAUCCAAGAUACCAUCGAUCAAGUGGCUGAACUACUCAAAGGUACCAGAGAGGAUACAUCUGAUGAUACAGGCUGUCAUUUUGGUGUUCUCAAUGGUGGAACAGAGGAAGAAAUGUCAAUAACAGGUUACCGUAUCUGUCGUUUUCGUACAGCCAUCUAUUGGUGUCUUGUGGUCCUAAGUGCUGGUAUCUUGCGUCUUAUAAUGCAUUGGUGGCAACACUGGCUCCUCCUGGCCACCCAUACAACCUGUCCCCUAGCUCAUGCCCAUCGGGUGCUAGUCCGUGAGCUGUAUCAGGGAAAAUAUGUGAUAAAUUUUGUCUGUGACAUUGUAACCCUAACACCACAGACAGCUGUCAAUAAUCAACGUCAAUGGUCAACCUAUACAGCACCAGGUGAUCUCGAUAUUCUACCCCUUGAAUUAUCUGUACCAAGUGGUGGUGGUGCCUAUGUGCAAUGUGACAGCAUUAGAUUUUUUCGUUGCAAACAACUCCGAUACCUGUGGCGACCUCAAUUGGGGGCCUUUGUGAGGCUAGAUGGACUAGAAGAUGGUGUUAGUAGUGUGGCAUUGCAUAGGCACAGGGGUCUCAAUGCCACAGAACAACGCAGGAGGCGUCUGGUGUAUGGACCAAAUGAAAUUGACAUUCCUGUCAAAGGUGUCCUAACCCUACUCUUUCUCGAAGUUCUCAAUCCAUUCUAUGUCUUUCAGAUAUUUUCAGUAUGCCUCUGGUUUUCCUACAAUUAUAUCUGGUACGCCAUUGUUAUUGUGGCAAUGUCUGUAUUUGGCAUAACAAUGUCUGUCAUUCAGACACGUCGCAAUCAGAAGGCACUGAUGAGUACAGUUGGCACGACAGAUUGGAUUGGUGUUUGUCGUGACAAUGGGACCAGUGAGAGGCUAGAGACGCGUCUUCUUGUACCCGGUGAUGUCCUAGAAGUACCACCAACUGGUUGCCAUAUGCAAUGUGAUGCUGUUCUCCUAUCUGGCAAUGCAAUUUUGGAUGAGAGUAGCCUUACCGGUGAAUCUGUACCAGUUACAAAGACACCAGUACCAUGUCGACGUGAUUUGGUAUUUAGUGCAAAAGAACAUGCACGUCAUAUGCUAUUUACUGGUACCAAAGUCAUUCAGACACGUUACAUUGGAUCUGAACGUGUUCUGGCACUUGUUGUUAAUACAGGAAAUUCAACUGUUAAAGGUGGAUUAAUCCGGAGUAUACUCUAUCCACCGCCAGUUGAUUACAAAUUCGAGAGGGAUUCCUAUCAAUUUGUUAAACUUUUGGGUGUUAUUGCAGCCAUUGGAUUUCUCUAUACUCUCGUAACUAAGAUUGUUCGUGGUGUUUCAGCCACAAAGAUCGCCAUUGAGAGUCUAGAUCUCAUUACAAUUGCCGUCCCACCUGCCCUACCAGCCGCCAUGACAGUUGGUCGUAUGAAUGCCCAGCAGCGUCUCAAGAAGAAGGCCAUCUAUUGCAUUUCACCACGAAGUAUCAAUGUAUCUGGUAGUAUUGAUUGUGUUUGCUUUGACAAAACGGGUACACUGACCGAAGAGGGUUUGGAUAUGUGGGGUGUUGUACCGGCUGAUGGUUCUGGUACUAAUUUAGCAGCACCACUUCGUGAUGUAUCACGCCUACCACCUGGUCAUCUGCUGAGUGGUAUGGUAACGUGUCAUUCGAUAACGGUAAUGUGUGGUGAAUUGAAGGGGGAUCCAUUGGAUUUGAAAAUGUUCGAGGCUACCGGAUGGAUACUUGAAGAGGCAAAUGUUGAGGAUCAUUCAAAGUAUGAUUUACUCUUUCCAACUGUCGUACGACCUCAAGAUGGUGCAGAGGGUGAAGCAAUUGGGAUUGUAAGGAGUUUUCCCUUUACCAGUACACUUCAGCGAAUGUCAGUGGUCACCAGAGGUCUCUCAGAUAAUCACUUUACAGCCUACUGCAAAGGAUCCCCCGAAAUGAUUCAUACACUCUGUCAACAGACUUCCAUUCCGAAGGAUUUUCAUCAUAAACUCGAUAUAUUUGCCCAACAAGGAUACCGAAUAAUAGCAGUUGCCUUCAAGCCAUUGGACAAAAAAGUAUCGUAUGCCCGAUUGCAGAGACUGAGUCGGGAGAGUGUUGAGCAGGAAUUGACAUUUUUGGGUUUUGUCAUAUUGGAGAAUAGGCUAAAAGGGGACACAACAACGGUCAUUAGUAGUUUAAUGCGUGCCAAUAUUAGAACUGUAAUGGUGACAGGUGAUAAUAUCUUGACAGCUGUAUCUGUGGCAAAGGAUUGUGGUAUGAUACCAGGACAUCAGAGUGUCAUAAUGGUUAAUGUCAGAUGGAAUAGUGAUUCAUGGGAAUUGUACUACAAUCUAACAAAUAGUAGUAGUAGUGGUGGAUGGAGAAGUGGUAGUCAGAGUGGUACAAAUAAUUGUCUACCACAUGAUUCAAUUGAUUCACUCUAUACAGCUGAUACAUGUACCACAACUCAUACAACUCUAACUGGUCAAGAUGUUGAAUGUGGUGGUGUUCGUGAGGAUUUUGAUGGUGAUACAAUGUUACCACCUGAAUUACCAUCAAAUAACUAUAGAUUUGCAAUGACAGGAAAGACAUGGCAAGUUGUAAGGCAAUACUAUCCGGAACUCAUUGAACGUUUUGCAACACGUGGUGUUGUCUUUGCCAGAAUGUCACCAGAACAGAAACAGAGUUUAGUGGUUGAACUACAAUCAUUGGGAUACUAUGUGGCAAUGUGUGGUGAUGGGGCAAAUGAUUGUGGUGCCCUCAAGACGGCACAUACGGGAAUUAGUUUGAGUGAAGCUGAAAGUAGUGUUGCAUCACCAUUUACAUCGAGAUUACCAACCAUUGCGUGUGUAUUGGAUGUUAUCCGUGAAGGUAGAGCAGCUCUGGUAACGAGUUUUGGCAUUUUCAAAUAUAUGGCAGCAUAUUCACUUGUACAAUUUUCAUCUGUACUCAUUCUCUACUCAAUUGAUUCAAAUCUAACGGAUUUGCAGUAUUUGUACAUCGAUCUCUUCAUCAUCAGCAUCUUUGCCUUCUUCUUUGGCAAAACCGAUGCCUAUGCUGGGGAUUUGGUUAAGCAAACACCACAAAAUUCCCUAAUAUCAAUAUCACCGUUAAUAUCACUAGCUCUGCAUCUGAUCAUCAGCAUUGCCUUCCAGGUAUUUGCCUGGUAUCACCUUCGGGCUCAGCCGUGGUUUGUGCCAUUCAAUGUGACAGCCCAACAAUCGGAAUUUGAUCAUGGUUGCCUGGAGAAUUUUACAAUAUUUGGCAUAUCGUGCUUCCAGUAUAUAAUAUUGGCAUUUGUCUUCAGUAAAGGUGCCCCCUAUCGACGAUCAAUUGUCACAAAUUAUGGCUUCCUAACGGCCAUGAUGGCAAAUACAAUAUUUAGUUUGAUUGUUGUCAUAUGGCCACCAGAUGGCAUUGCACAUCUCCUUGAACUUGUAAUACCACCUGACAUUAAUUUUCGCCUGACAUUGGUGGCAUGUGGUGCAUGUCACUGGCUCUUGGCAAUCCUGGUGGAAUCUGUUCUGGUCGAAAUGGUUAUUGGGGGUAAAUUACGGAUGCGUUGGCACAAAAUAGACAAAUCCCAUCGAAAGUAUCUCAUGGUUGAGCAUUUUCUACGUCAAACACCAUCAUGGCCGCCAUUGACAGUUUUGGCGCCAUUUGCCGGAGCAACACCAACAAGUACGGGCGGUGGUACGGCCAUUGAAAGUACACCAAAUUCACCGACUUCCUAUGCCCAAAUUGGUGCCCAUGCAGCCUACGACAGAUCCAGUUGCCUGCUCAAUCUCUUCCCCGGACAACCACCAAACAAUCAACUGUCGACGCCAUCGUGAUGGCGUCGAUCAAAAUCUUGUAAAUCAAUCCAAAUGCUAAAUAAAUACAAUUGUAGCAUA